GGAAAAACUUCCUGCGUUUGCGGCGGAUUCCGGGCUGCCUUUCGGGUAGGAUUGUCGCUGCGUGGGUAGGGUUGUAUGCUAGACCAGCGUCCGCCACCGCGGAUGGCGAGGGAUCUGAUCGGGCCGGCGCUGCCGCCCGGCUUCAAGACCCACGGGGCGGCAGAGGACGAGGAGCGAGACCCCAGCCCUGUUGCAGGACCAGCUCUGCCCCCUAAUUAUAAAAGCAGUAGCUCAGAGUCAUCAGACAGUGACGAGGACAGUAGUUCAUUGUACGAAGAAGGAAAUCAAGAAUCUGAAGAAGAUGACACUGGUCCAAGUGCAAGAAAGCAGAGGAGAAGUCAGGAUGACGACGAUGAUGAUGAAGGGUUUUUCGGACCAGCUCUUCCUCCCGGAUUUAAAAAGCAGGAUGACUCUCCUCCAAGGCCUAUAAUAGGUCCUGCAUUACCACCUGGUUUUAUUAAAUCUACACAGAAAAGUGACAAAGGCAGAGAUGAUCCAGGACAACAAGUAUCAUCAUAUUUCAACUAUGAGGAAACAGAUAGCAGUGAAGAUGAGGAUAUUGUUGGACCCAUGCCUGCAAAAGGACCAGUUAACUACAGCGUGACAACAGAGUUUGAAAAAAGGGCCCAACGAAUGAAAGAAAAACUGACCAGAGGAGACGAUGACUCAUCUAAACCAAUUACAAGAGAGUCAUGGAUGACUGAGCUCCCUCCAGAAAUGAAAGACUUUGGUCUUGGGCCCAGAACUUUUAAGAGGCGGGCCGAGGACAAAUCUGGAGAUCGGUCUGUCUGGACAGACACUCCAGCUGACAGGGAGAGGAGAGCUAAGGAAACACAGGAAGCAAAGAAGUCAUUCAAUAAGAAGGAUGAAGAACAUAUAUUGUCAGGAAGGGAAAAGAGAUUGGCUGAGCAGGUAUCCUCAUACAAUGAAUCAAAAAGAUCAGAAUCUCUUAUGGACAUUCAUCAUAAGAAAUUAAAGAAUAAGGCUGCUGAAGAGAAAAAUAAGCCCCAGGAAAGAAUACCAUUUGAUCGUGAUAAGGAUCUCAAAGUUAGCCAGUUUGAUGAAGCUCAGAAAAAAGCUCUGAUCAAGAAAUCUAGAGAACUAAACACCAGAUUUUCACAUGGCAAAGGAAGUAUGUUUUUAUAAGGGGAUUUCCCUGUGCAAUGAAGAAAAGUUGAAGAAUACGCUUUUAUCUGUCUGUCCACCUUUAUUCCUUCAUCUUGAGUUUCUUAAGAUUAGAGAUUACUUUAGUCUUAAAAACAAUACAGAGUUACCUUGUGCUGUAUGUCCUUUAAGUCACGUGGAAACCUAAAGUCAGUAUUUCUUACGUGGAAUAGAAUUUCAUAUGUUUUGGCUUCUGAUGAACUGUGGGCUUUUCUUCAAAUAAUUAUUUUGAGGAUUUCCCUCCUACUUCCUAAUUUUUGUGGUGUCUCCUAAGUACCCUCCAAGGUCUGGUCAGACUAUCCACUAAAUCUCCACAAGAGCUUAGACUUCCUCAUGAGAUAUUACUAACCUGCCUUGGAAUAAGUGUGUCGGGUCCUUGCAGUAAAUCCAUGAAUUUGAAAUUGUUUGGGUUUUCCCUCUAAACUUCAACUGGUGAGUGCACAUUUACAAAUAGAGGGUUUGGAGGUUUUGUCCUGUUAACAGUUUGCUUGUUUGGGCAAAUAGGGCUUUUAUUUGUUGUUUGGGUUUUUGUUUUUGUUUUGUUGGUUGGUUAAUUUUUUAAGUCAGAAAGAGGGACCUCUGCAUUAUCUCAUGUGUUAAGGAAAAAAAAAUAUUUUGAUUUUUACAGCUUUAAUGAGUAUUUCUAGGGGAGGCCACCGGAGGGACAAAAUAUGCCAUUAACAGUGUGAAGCCUAGAACUUUGUCUCUGUGGUCUCAACCAAAGCUUUCUAAGUCUUUUAAACUUUGCUUUGAGAUGAUCUUACUUAACCUAUUUGUAUUUAACAGAUUUUAGUUCAUUUAUUCGGGACUGAUCUUUUAUAUCAAUCAUGAAUUUUUUUUUUUAAAUCAUGUUCAUUAUCCCUGAAUACAAAAACAUAUAUGGAAACUAUAGUCAUAACCACCCUAAUGAGAGUAUAUUAGUUUGUAAUGCUUUAGGUACUGUUGCUUAAGAUGUUAAAUAGGACAUUUCUAAAUAGUUAAAGCCUAAAUUCAAAUUCUCUAAGUUAUGUUUUCUUAGAGUAAUUCUAAUUGUUCACUAGUUCUGUGUUCUAGUUUUGAUGAAGUGUGAGGAGCUUUGUUUUGCUUCCUGUGGGGAAAAAGAAUGCAAAUGAGAGACUGGGUGAGAAGUGUGAGUUUUUAAUGGAAAAAGAUUCUGAUUCCUAGAGUUUGUUUAGGUGUAAUGAAAAUUGAGGGAACUGUUCCAUUUAUGGCGCAAAUUAUUAUUCUUUACUCCUUUAUAAUAUCAGUGUAAAAUAGUAGCCUACUCAAGGAGUGUUGCUAUUAAAAAGAUGAAUUAGGGACGCUUGUGUGGCUCAGUCAGUAAAGUGUCGGCUCUUAAUUUUGGCUCUGGUCAUGAUCU